AUGACUUUUCUCCACUCGUAUAAAACCCUAAUUGUCCGGGUAAUACACAACGAAACACCAAUUUAAAACUAUCUUUUCAAUUUUCUCUCAGAUCUCUCUCUCUUUUUUCUUCUCCGAAAAACAAAAAAACAUCAACAGGAACAACAAUGGCAGAUCAACUCACUGACGAUCAGAUCUCUGAAUUUAAGGAAGCUUUCAGCUUAUUCGACAAGGAUGGAGAUGGUUGCAUCACAACCAAGGAGCUCGGAACAGUUAUGCGAUCACUAGGACAAAAUCCUACAGAGGCUGAACUUCAGGACAUGAUUAAUGAGGUUGACGCUGAUGGAAAUGGUACCAUUGAUUUUCCGGAGUUCCUCAACCUUAUGGCCAGGAAAAUGAAGGAUACCGACUCUGAGGAAGAACUUAAGGAGGCCUUCCGAGUGUUUGACAAGGACCAGAAUGGUUUCAUUUCCGCAGCUGAGUUGCGCCAUGUCAUGACCAACCUAGGCGAGAAGCUCACUGAUGAGGAGGUUGACGAGAUGAUCCGAGAAGCUGAUGUUGACGGUGAUGGUCAGAUCAACUAUGAGGAAUUCGUCAAAGUCAUGAUGGCCAAGUGAGGACCCCUUCACUUCACUCCCUCUCUCUCUCUAAAAAUACAGAAACAAAAAAAACAAAAAAAAAAUGGAAACAAGGCAGAUAAGUAUUUAUUACAUUCUCCUCUAUGAAUUUGUUUUAACUAAAAUAGAUCUCGAAGGAAAAGCGUAAGGUGAUUUCUUUGGUGGUCUGGUCAGUCAGUCAGUCUUAUCUCCUUGUUCCAUCUUUCGUUGUGUAAUUGCCGUUUGUCUUUUCGGUCAUUCGUCAUCUUUCUUUGUAUUAGGUUGGAUUUGUAGGUUGUUUAUUUCUUUCUUUCUCUCUUGAAUAUCUUUUUGUCGUUGAAGGUUGAGAUGAUGACAUUUGUCUAAAUGUGUUUUGAGUCUUGUUUGGAUGACUAAUUUUAUUGAAAUCCUUAUUAUCAUUAUUGUAAAAAGAAUUCUCAA